AUGGAAGAUAUGAAUCAGACAACGGUGACUUAUUUUAUUAUUAAGGGGAUUUCAGAUGUUCCUCAGGUCCAGGCUCCAAUCUUUGUUGUGGUUCUGCUCAUCUAUCUCAUGACACUUGGCAGUAACAUGACAAUUCUUCAGCUGAUCUGCCGGGAUCCUCACCUGCACACGCCCAUGUAUUUCUUUCUAGGCAACUUGUCUGUCCUUGACAUGUCGUAUACCUCUGUCAGUCUACAUAAAGUUCUUCUUACCUUCAUUUUAAGAAACAAUAUUAUUACAUACCGUGCCUGCAUUGCACAAUUUUAUUUAUUUGCAUCUUUGACCAUUAAUGAGUUGUUGAUACUCACUGCUAUGAGUUAUGAUCGCUAUGUGGCCAUCUGUAAUCCAUUGAGUUAUCACUUGACCAUGAGCCGUACAGUCUGUGUCUUGCUGGCCAGUUUUUGUUGGGGUUUCAGUUUCAUAGAAAGCUUACCUUAUAUUUUAUUAUUCGUACAAUACACUUGUUAUAGGUCCAACAUAAUCAAUCACUUCUUCUGUGAUGUAAUAGCUCUUCUGAAACUUAUCUGCAGUGAUAUCUCUGAUUUUUAUAUCUUGAUUUUCACGGAAGCUGUGUUUAUCACAGCCUUACUCCCCUUCAUGCUCACCUUUAUCUCUUAUGUAUUUAUCAUCACUGCCAUCCUGAGGAUACGGUCUAGUUCUGGAAGACGUAAAGCCUUCUACACUUGUUCUUCACACCUCACAGUCGUUAUUCUUCUCUAUGUGUCUCUAAUCUGCCAAUAUAUAAGGCCUUCUGCAAAGGACAGUUUGGAUUUAACUAAGUUGCUAUCUCUAUUAAAUACCAUUGUUGUUCCUCUUCUGAAUCCAUUGAUAUACAGCCUAAAAAAUAAGGAUGUGAAGUCAGCACUGAGACGUCAGUUGAGAAAUUCUAAAGCGUUAAAAUGA